UCCAAUACAAUGACCACAGUACCUUGUACUUUGUACUACUGUAGCUGCAUGUGCAGCUUUGGAAUUCCCCACUGUCACCAGCUUCAAGCUUUCAAAAGUUCCGUGCUCACCUAUAUUGAUCUUACUGAGUAGAGCCCCCGCCAAAUAAGACGCGCAAGUCUUCUCGUUCUCCGAAUCAGGUCAUUACGCAUCAUGUUUCAAACAUCUCUAUCAUGAGAUUCAACCCUGUCUGCCACCCUUCGGGAGGAAUGGAUUGAUGGGGAUUCCCAAUGAUAGUCUAACCUGUCUUCUAGAUCUAUAUAUGACGAUGCAUAUACAUGGAACUGGCAAGGUGCCCACAUCUCCUUUGCAUCUGCUAGACAAUCUUCGCCAUGGCUCCAACUUCAAGUGGCAUCCCGUUGGAUGCCGGUGCUUUAAUGUCAACAGUGCUGGAAGGCAUUUUAUAUGGCUUUUCAGUCCUCAUGUUUAUGGGUACCAUCUGGACUUUGACCCAUGAACGUCGCAUGCAGGACAUAAAUCGCCCAAUCACUGUGGUGGCCAUUCUUCUGUUUAUGCUGAGUACUGCGCACAUGAUCGUGAACAUUAUUCGUGCCGAAGAUGCAUUUGUGACGUAUCGCGACACGUUCAAAGGCGGGUCAGUGGGGUUCUUCGCAGACGUUACCCAAGAAACGUAUGUGAUCAAGCAUGGAAUAUACCUCGCGCAAACUCUACUUGCUGAUGGAGUGGUGAUUUAUCGCUGCUAUGUUGUUUGGCAAUCCAUUUGGAUUAUCGUCCUACCAAGCAUGUUGUGGUGUAGCGUUGCAGUGAUUGGCAUUGUUGCACUAUACGGUAUUUCGCAGGCCGGUACCAACUCGGGGAAUAUAUUUGCCCCAGUGCUUGCACAAUGGGUCACGGCGUUCUUUGCCUCAACAAUUGCAACUAAUUUGUUGAGUUCAGGAUUACUGGCGUAUCGUAUCUGGAUGUUCGACCGUAGUGUCUCUGCAGUUCGCGCUAGUACGAAGAAUACAAUGAUGCCAAUAGUGCGCGUGCUUGUGGAUGCCGCUGUGUUGUACUGUGUGGUGCUAUUUACAGCAUUAAUCUGUUUCGUCAUCGGGAACAAUGGACAAGAUGCUGUUGUAGACAUGGCCAUGCCGAUCAUGUCGAUUGCGUUCUACAUGGUGCUUAUUCGCAUCGCAAUCAAUAAAAGAACUCGCAGUUACCUCUCGACAAUGCAUGGAUGGACAACCGACGAGACGGAAGACUCGGACAGCUCGCGGCAAUAUCCUUCGAAGCAUUUGGAGGUUCGUGUAUCCACGUUUACGCAGAAUGACAAUGCGUCAGGAUACGGAAAAGAGAAUGAAGACAGAUCAUCAACACGUGCGGCGGAGUCUAAGAAAGAGGUAGUUUAUAGCGUGUAAUUGGUCUGAACGCCAUAUUUAGCAGUUUGUUUGCUUGUAUCGAUGCUCCCCAGACAGCAGUGCAGCGCGGUCUAGGGGUGCUGGUUUUGUCUCCCUCGACACUAUGAACCCUAUAGACAGACGGGACAGAGAAACGGGACCUUCAAACCUUUUAGCCCC